AUGCCAAGGAGUUCAGUUGGUUGGCAUCGAUCUCCUGAUUUGGUUGCUCCAAGUCCGAGGUUGUAUUUUGCAGCGCUCUCUUUUGCCACGUCUGCCAAGUCCCGGAUUGGGCUGACCCAGGGGCCGACGGAGUGGGGAUUUGUGGCGCACGAAUCGGCCAAAACGAAACGUGCACGUCCUCUGGCGGAGCGGAUCUCGGGCGGAGUUCAAAGCGGGGAAGCUCUUCAGGUCGAUGUCAGGGGACUCCUCCUGGUGCAGCCAGUGUGCACCUCCAAAUCCGAUGCUGGCCAGAACGAGGGAGUUCGGCGCUGA